ACUAGGCUUCACUUCGUGAGUGAGAGUGAACUCGCAAAUUCCACUGAUUUCUUAAAGUUCAUUGGCUGGGAAGAUUUGGUGAGCAUUGAGGUGGCGCAUUCUAUCCUGAUCGAAACAGUAAAUCUGUAUUCACUGCAAAGACGUCACUUGAAGUGAGCAAGGACGAGAGAAAGUACGUUGCUCCACCAAAAUUGAAAUACGUUAGAAAGAAAUGCAAAUGGACGCUGAACACACGAACCGAUCACCACGGAAGCUUUCUACACAUCAUGAUGUUAGUUCGUUUGAUGAUCACCGCAUCUCUACAGUGUGGCCAGUCAUAAAACGGUCACUAAAAUCAGAAUUAUGUUCACAGGUCCUAGUGGACCUCGGUCAUUCCGACGUGAAUGGAACUUCCACCUCUGAUCUAGAAGAUACUAGCUUCUCAGGUGCUGAUGAAGCAAAAAUGGCCAGUGAUUGCAUGACACAAGUUCCUAAUGGUAAUUCUGACAAUGACGUAAGCGAAAAUUUGAAUCAUAUAAUUAUUGAAAAUGAACAAAAAAUACCGGACACUGAUGACGACCCUUCUACAUGCCUAAUACCUAAAUAUCCUUCCACGGAUAGCGAGGAGAGCUAUGAACCUGGGUUAUUUACCCGCCUGUUAAGCACUGCGUACAACGUACCAUACACUGUUCGUCAAGCUCAUCGAGUUGAUAAACGAAACCAGAAUUUCUCUGAAAGAGCCGAACCGAUGAUGAUGGCCAAAUGUUCGUCCAGAUCUCUCCUACAUUGGAACUGGGCUGCUAUCCGCUUGGGGUGUUUCGUGAUACUCGUGUUUAUCAUCGUCAGCAUUUUUUGUGUAGUUAUCAGGUUAGUCACUCCUGGUAACAGGACCAACGAAUUACGGAGAGGUUGGUGGCAGGGCACUGUGUCAUAUGAAAUUUUUCCCGCUUCUUUUCAAGAUUCAGACAAUGAUGGCUAUGGAGAUUUCAAAGGUCUGAUCCAAAGAUUGGAUUACGUCCAAAGCCUAAAUGUUACGUCUGUCAGGCUUAAUUCAAUUUUCAGUGCGUUAGACUAUCCUCUAGAAUACAGUCAUAUAAUUGACUUUCUUAGUGUGGAUCCUCAUCUGGGUAGAAUGGAGGACUUCCAAGAGCUCGUUGAGGAGUUACAUGCACGAGAUAUGCGUCUCAUACUGGACAUUAAUCCUUCAUUGACCAGCGACCAGCAUACUUGGGCUGCCCACUGGCUACAGAACAGUAGUGGAAAAUUCAAAUAUUACUAUGUCAACAAUGAAAUAUUGGCUAACUUCUCCGAAUUCGAAGAAGAUGAGAAAGAAAACCCCAGUCGUCCGUUUGGCAGCCAACUCUUCCUCAACUGGUCUCACCCGGCAGUACAAAAAGAAAUAGAAGACGUCCUAGAUUUCUGGCUUCAAAAAGGCGUAGAUGGAUUUUACGUGAAGGGCUUGAAUAAUCUUCGUCGGGAUAAUCAAACUGAUCUAUAUUCGGUGAUGAGAAGGUGGCGUUACUUAUUGGAUAUUUAUAGUGUUGAUGACAAUAAAAAGAUCAUGAUGAUAUCAGAUAUUUUUGUGAAGAAACUAAAAGAUGAACAGUCAUUGACCUUUCGCUUAAUAUUUGACCUGUGUGAUCUUAUAGACGUCCAGUUGCAUAUCUCCUUGAACCAUGUAUCAACUGUCAAAACUCAGUUUCUUGAUAUAGCUGAAUGGAGUAAUGUUUCAACAUCACCAUGGACGAACUGGCAUAUUGGCAGUGUAGCAACGUCGCGAUUAGCAUCAAGGCUAGAUACAGACUAUACUCUUGGUGCCAUGAUGUUUUUACUUAUGUUGCCUGGCUCGAUUUCAUUGUUUUAUGGGGACGAAAUUAAUCUCCAAGACUCAAUAGAUAUCACCACGGGGAAGACAUACAGUGAAGGACAACUUUGUCCAAUGCAGUGGGAACCAACAUUCGAAGCUAACUUCACUAGCAACGAGUCGUUACCAUGGUUACCCAUCCGUCCUGAUUAUCUGGUAAAUAACGUAGCAAAACGUUCUGUGAACAUUACCUUGUUACGUCAUAUAAUCUCAGCCAAACAAAGAUCCCCCUCUUUAUGGAUGAAAGCGUUUUAUACGCACGACAGUUACACCAGUGGAAAACAAAUGUCAACGUUUAUAUUCCAUUAUAUUGACACAAACGUGAUUGUUUUUGAAAGACACUUUUCGGAUUAUAAAAAGUAUGUAGUUUUCGCUGGAUUUGGGGAAGCUAAAAGAACACAUAACUUCUCGAGCUACUUUUCUAAUGUAAAGGUAUUGUUUUCAACAUAUAGUAAUUUCAACAGUUUUAAUUUAGAUAAGUUGUCAGUGUAUCCAGGAACAGUUCUUGUUGGAGAAAUUGUCAGGUGAAAAAAACAGCACGGAAAGGUUGUAAUGUUACUGUCGUAAAAAUUUAACUUCUAAUAAAGUUCACUAUUUUCAUUAAAAUAUGAUAUAUACACAAAAAUUUAAUAAUUAUAUUGGUAUUCAAGUCUUUGGAACCAUAUCAUAUGUAUUCAUAUGAAUUGUAGUUCAACGUGCACUUUCCACUCAUAAGUUUUAUUCCGCGCAAACAUUCUUCAUAAGUUAUUACAACAAAGCGUGUUGGGAUACCCACCUUUGAUUUCUUCUUCUUUCCUUGAAAGAAAAAUGUUGUAUUUUGCUUUUUCUGUACUUUAUAAAAGUUACAUGGUUUAAUACUUGAUAUUUUUCCUUUUCGUUGAAGUAUUAUGUGUUCGGAAUUUUCCUGAAAAGAAAUUUAGUAUUUCCCCCAGAAAUCGAAAAACGACAUGGCAACAUAUACUAUGAGAUUGUGGUAGGCUUUAGUUAGAAAGAAACGUCCUUCUAACUUUGGCAAUUAACUUCCUUAUUGUUGUUGAAUAAGGAUAUAUUCGUUAUUUCUUAUCUUAAAGGGUGAAUGGGUGUAGGUAUAUUUUGUUUUUCGACAAUUCUAAUUAUAUUUAGAAAUGUUAUCUAUGACAUCAACUGCUUGUGCACUUUACAAUGUCAUUGUUAAUAAAAACAUACUUUCUUCUAA